ACCUCGAUGCGAGCCUCACGGACGGACCCACAGUUUGUGAUUUGGAGCCGUUUCGCGCAUAUUACUUUUAAACACUGGUCGCUAAACGUACGCGUACGCCUGUCUGGACUUCAUCAGCUCCUCUCCGUUUUGCUUCCCGUUUCAUAUUAUUGGGCAUUGGGUCCAUCCAUAGGAACUCAUUCCGGUGCGCUAGUCAAGGGAAGGAACACACCCGGCAAUAACACUAAUAACAACAGCAGCAACAACAGUCAUUAUCAAUGUGCCUCUUCUGACUCGCAACAACUCGACCAACAGGCCGAAGAAAAAAGCGAACCAUCUUCAUCAUUAUGCUGCGAAAGAACAAGACAUUGCAGAAUCGAUAUGUGUAACUAUAUAAAACUAAAAUGUUGAGAAGAGCCUUAAUUCAUUACGGGUUAGUGUAUCGUGGCGGUAACACGUACGCGUGGCAUUGAAAUUAAGCAAAUCGAGACAAGUACCGAGACCUGAGAGAUCGAUGGACACCGUUCGGCUAUUAGAGUGGGUCUUCGGUGAUAAAAACAAGAAGCUUUCAAGUGACUAGAAGGAGAACAGUUGAAAAGUGUACCGAUUACAGGCAAGCCCAUGCUGCGCAAUUCUGAAGAGAUUUGCAGGAACUGGAAUCGGAGAAGUGCGAGCAAAAUGUGGCAUUUGAAAUCACUCUUUGUUCUGUUUUUAAUCAACGUCAGUGAUGCACAAUUCAAAAUCCUUGGAAUUGCAUCUAAUCGAGCAAACAGUGGUGACAGUAAACUUGAAUUGGUUCAAAUCAAGCCACUGAAAUCAGAUUCAACAGAAUCCAUCCAGUCAAGAUCCUUUCAAGAUGUUCCCAUAUCAACCUUAAGUCCGAAUGGGACUACCAUUGCAACAACUGAAAGAUCCACAACCGUGGAAGCGCAAACCAGUAAAAUAAUAAAACUACAAAUUAUGAACUCGACGGCAGCUCGCAACGCUUCUAAUAGGGAAGGAAAACUCCAGUACGAAAACCAUCGCACAGACAACGACAUCAUCAACAUAAGUCCACUGCGGUCUUCAUCGCUAAUUAGUGGUCCCUCCUCGUCACAUCGCCGCAGAGCAACGGGAUCGGUCAAACUGACCGGAGAUUCCGAUCUUUUCUACAUUCAGAAGCCCUCGUCCCCUGCACCGUUCAAAAAACACCACCAACCGAAAGAAAACGACGUGACCGCUAAAGAUUUUGCGAUCCAACGGUACAAGCGUCGAAAGUACAAAUCCAAGUGCCGCUGCGAACGAAUUUGGAACUGCCCUCGGAUUCAGAUCUCAAUUGCCAGGUGCGCGCCUGAUUUCUUCAUGUGCUGCUUCAAACGGUGGCAAUCAGAGGGUAAACAUUUUAAGAGUGAUAAAUUAGGCUAAGAAUCGUAUUUAUAAUUUAUUAUUUCAUUAACACAAUAAAGACAUAUAAAAUCAUGGA